AUGUCUGUGGAAUCAGGUUCAAGGAAUAGUGAUAAUAAGUUUAGGAAGAAAGUGAAAGUUGCUAUUGGAAAAUCGAAGGGCUCGAAAGAUGGUGUCGGGGUCGUGGAGUUGAAGGAAAAGAGUAGUAAAAAGGUGCAAAGUAGAGGAAGUAAAAAUGGGGAUACAUUUCAUGUUGAUAUGAAUAAGAAAUCAGGUAAAGAAGGGGUGGAAAGAAAAAAGAAUUUGAAAUUGAAAUAUGAAGACAAAGAAGGGGUGGGAAGAAAAAGGAACUUGAAAUCAAGAAAUGGAGACAAAGAGCGUGAAGCGGUAAUUGAGGGAAAUUCUAGUCGAAAAAGGAAGAGAAUUUAUGCUGAUUAUGAUAUUGGUAAGGAAAGAGCAUUAGAUAACAAUGUAGAAACGCCCAAUAGGAAAUCUUUGUCCAAGAGGAUGGAAAAUAGGGAUAGAUAUGAUUCUGGUAAAAGAAAGCAAACGACAGGAGCAAAAUCUUAUGAAUUCGAAGAAGCCAGUAGGAAAGCUUCAAUUGCAGGAGGAAGAAUAUCUAAGGAAAGUAAGUUACUUGAUAAGAAAAAUUUGAGAGGCAAGGUGCAGGGUACCGAUGAAGUGAAAAUUGUUGAAGAUAAUGGCUUUAAGAGUGGUAUGUUGAGGGGAAAUGCUAAAAUCAAAUAUUUGUCCACCCAAAAAUUAGAUCAUGGUCGAAGAAAACGGGUAGUUUAUUCUGUUGAGAAACCUCCCAAGAAGAUGGUCCAGGGUAAGAAGAGCUCUGCGAGUGAUUUUGAGGUAAUGGAAGAUCGGCCAAAGAAAAAAAAGAAAGGUAUCCGUAUAGAUCCUCAUGAUAUCUCGAAUAAGAGAUUGGAUGAUGGCAUAGCUAGUAAAGAUAAUAGUGAAGAAAACAAAGAUUCAGUAGAAAAAAAUGAUGCUGAAAUGUCAAAAAAUGCACAGUUUCGUGCCAUUCGUCCUAGCCCCUCUAUCCUUUCCUUUGUGGAAGACAAUUUUCUGGGCCGUAGACGUGAUGUGGAGUUUAGGAGGGCUGGUUACAACACUGAGCUUUCUGCCCCUUUAGAUAACAUUCCCUUCUCAACAAGCUCAGAAAGGGAACGGAUUGAAGUACCGGUAUUCAGAAAUAAAUUGACAUUCUUUGCUGCUGCUAAGAUUUCAUCAUCAUUCCCCGCUCCUGAAUUUCCGGAGAUUGCAUUUGCAGGACGGUCAAAUGUAGGGAAAUCAUCUUUGCUAAAUGCACUAACUAGACAAUGGGGAGUUGUACGGACAUCAGACAAGCCUGGUCUCACACAGACUAUCAACUUUUUCAAACUUGGAUCAAAACUCCAUUUAGUCGAUUUGCCGGGAUAUGGUUUUGCUUAUGCUAAAGAAGAAGUGAAGGAAGAAUGGGAGGCACUUGUGAAAGAGUAUGUGUCUACACGUGUUGGUCUAAAGCGAGUUUGUCUUCUUGUAGACACAAAAUGGGGUAUGAAACCAAGGGAUCAUGAACUUAUUGAUUUGAUGGAAAGGUCGCAGACUAAGUACCAAAUUGUUUUGACAAAGACAGAUAUGGUUUUCCCAGUUGAUGUGGCUCGCCGAGCAAUGCAAAUUGAGGAGAGCCUCAAAGCAAAGAAGUCUGCAGUUCAACCUGUGAUGAUGAUAAGCUCAAAAACCGGAGCUGGUGUCAGAUGUUUAAGAACAGCGCUUGCUAAUAUUGUCAAGUUUGUUAAGCGCUGA